CUGGAAUUUAAAGACGGUGCUUAUUUCAUUGUUGGGGCGAACGGAACGGGGAAAAGUGCCAUUUUUGAACUGACAAGGCGAUGCUUAUCAAAAAGUGUAAACACUUCACAUUCGUGUGUAACUAACAAAAAUGAUGAUGCUUUCGUUAUUUCCAAAUUCGAAAUAACAGAGAAACUAUCAGACAAAUUGCCUGCGAAAUGUGACCUGUAUUCUCUGUAUGCCAAGCGAUCGCCACAUGAAAACAAGGGGGAGAUUUACAAAGUUGUGUGCAUCACAGACAAAGAGAAAACACAUUGUUAUCUUGAUUGUUAUAAUCGUUUCAAAGCUACUAGAACGUUGACAGGAAAUGAAAAAGACGUAUUAAAAGCAAUGAAAGGCCUUCUCACCAGUGGUACAGAUACAAAGAAACAUACACAACACUUUAAAAGUAUCAAUGACAUGGUUCUGAUGACAAGAGGAAAAACUGAAGAGGUUCUAUGUGAUUGUGAAGUUGUACUCGAGAAACUAUACGACGGAAAUACUGAAGGGGCUCUCUCUGAUUGUGAAGCUGUACUCCAGAAACUAUACGACGAAGAUACUGUGGGAACUCUCUCUGACUGUGAAGCUGUACUUCAGAAACUAUACGACAAAGAUACUGUGGGAACUCUCUCUGACUGUGAAGCUGUACUCCAGAAACUAAACGACGAAGAUACUAUAGAUGCUCUCUCUGAUUGUAAAGCUGUACUCCAGAAACUAUACGACUUUUAUACUGGUUGUAAAGCUGUUCUCCAGAAACUACGCGACGGAGAUAUUAAAGGGGCUCGCUCUGGUUGUAAAGAUGUACUCGAGAAACUAGGCGACGGAAAUACUGAAGAGACUUUCUCUGAUUGUAAAGCUGUUCUCAAGAAACUAUACGACUUAGAUACUAAAGAUGCUCCCUCUGAUUGUGAAGCUGUGCUCCAGACACUAAAUGAUGCUAUUGCCAUUACCUUCCCAAUACGUUCUCCUGGACCAAUACAGUGGAACCAUUCUGAAAAUAUUGGCAAAGGAAAUGAGCAUUACGUUACAGCUUCCAAGAAUGCUGAGAUACUUCAGCGGCUUAUAGGAUCUGAAGAUGUCAAUGAAGAAAUGUCGGAAGACAUAUUCCAGACAAUCAUCAAUCCAUUGAAAUACACCUUCCAAAAAAAUAGAAAGGGUCCGAAUUCAAUCAUAACUGUUUAUGAUGGCAAGAUGCGCAUACCAUUACUCAAGGUUCCGGAAGGGAUAAUCGAAGCAAAGCAGUUUUCAUUGAUGUUUGCACACAAGAAAUUUCAAACAUUGAUGUUGGAGGAACCUGAUAGAUCAAUGCAUCCUCAAAUGAUUCAGAAAUUGAGGGACUUAUCGAUCAGAAGAUGCCAGGACCAGGAAACAGUAAUAAACCAGAAGACACUAAUAUUGAUUUCACACCAGCCAGUGAUGAUGAACCAAUGGACCAUGUCCCGAUUGUAUGUUUGCAGGAAGAAGAGGGAUGCCAGAGGUAACUGUAAACACUGGAUUUGCAACUGGGGUAAAGAUGUCGAAAAUACCCACCAACACCAGGACCAGCUGAAACAAAUGUUGUACUCUGCAAGUGUACUGUUUGUCGAAGGCAUUACAGACAAAUCGGUCAUUGGAUGGGUAUUCGAUCGGAUUUUGGAAUUCAACUUUAAACAUCUGAAAGGUUUUAAUGAAGAAGAGCUGAAAAAAUUGAAAGAAAUAAUUGCUGAAACACAAAUAAUUUCCAUGGAAGGGUGGAAAGGUUGUAAGCAUAUGAUACAAGCUGCAGAUGCUCUUCAAGUACCAUUUGUUUUCCUCCUUGAUAGGGACAUAGCAUUCCAAUAUCAAAUAAAAAAUAUCGAAAAUGUUUAUAAAACAUUUACGAGUGAAUCCACACAGGCAAAAGAAUACGUUUCAUUGUUCAAGAAAUCUUUGGAAUUGCCGUCACCGGUGAAGACAAAGAAAGAUGUAUCAACAUAUUUUGCUUUGCCGCCACACAUUAGAGACAGCAAGGACGCAAAAGCCAUCAUAGAUUUUUUGAGAGAAAAGAGAAACGUUUUCCUUUGGAAAUCUAUAACACUAGAGGCUAUGAUGCUAAAUCGCUUUUUAGAUAUCAGAUAUCCAUCUUCAGAUAAAUCGACUCAAACAACGUCAGCUCCAUCGACUCAAACAAAGUCAGAUCAAUUGACUCAAACAACGUCAGCUCCAUCGACUCAAGUAACCUCAAAUAAAUCGACUGACACGGAGUCAGAUCAAUUGACUCCAACAACGUCAGAUCAAUCGACUCCGACAACGUCAGAUCAAUCGACUCCAACAACGUCAGAUCAAUCGACUCCAACAACGUCAGAUCUCUCGACUCCAACAACGUCAGAUCUCUCGACUCCAACAACGUCAGAUCUCUCGACUCCAACAACGUCAGAACAAUCAACUCCAACAACGUCAGAUCAAUCGACUCCGACAACGUCAGAUCAAUCGACUCCGACAACGUCAGAUCAAUCGACUCCGACAACGUCAGAUCAAUCGACUCCAACAACGUCAGAUCUCUCGACUCCAAAAACGUCAGAUAAAUCGACUCCAACAACGUCAGAUCAAUCAACUCUAACAACGUCAGAUCAAUCAACUCUAACAACGUCAGAUCAAUCGACUCCGACAACGUCAGAUCAAUCGACUCCGACAACGUCAGAUCAAUCGACUCCGACAACGUCAGAUCAAUCGACUCCGACAACGUCAGAUCAAUCGACUCCGACAACGUCAGAUCAAUCGACUCCAACAACGUCAGAUCAAUCGACUCCGACAACGUCAGAUCAAUCGACUCCAACAACGUCAGAUCAAUCGACUCAACAACGUCAGAUCAAUCGACUCCAACAACGUCAGAUCAAUCGACUCCAACAACGUCAGAUCAAUCAACUCUAA